GCCUGCUGCUGUCUAUCGUCUGAUGUCUGAUUUUUAUUAUUUUAGUCCACAUUUUAGACCAUAUUGUUGCAUCAGUUGGCUUCAUCAGUGGGACAGUAUGAUGGGAUAUGAUCAGUUCCCGAUGGUCAAUUUCUAUCAGUACCAGGCAGCCUCCCCAUUGCUAAAUCUGUGUGUGAUUUGGGAGAUGGAUAGAAAGAGCCCAGAGGAAAAGAAGGCUGCCUGUAAUAAAACUGGAGUCGCCACAUCAUCAGCUGUCACCAUGGCAACGGUUACUGCCAGCAGCAGCACAUGCACCCAGGCGCCCUCCACUACCCUCAGCAUCAUACCACCAGACAGACAGGCAGUCCAGGUGAUCCAGCAUGCUAUCCACAGACCUCAAAGCAUGGCCGCUCAGUAUCUCCAUCAGAUGUAUGCAGCCCAGCAGCAACACUUCAUGCUGCAGACAGCAGCUCUGCAGCAGCAGCAGCACCCGUCCCAUCUCCAGGCUCUUGCCACCAUACAGCAGGCUUCAGUUUGCCAAAGACAGUCACCUUCCUCAUCCAGCAGCAGUUUGGCUCAACCAGCAGGUGUUUCCCAAAACACAAUCACUCUACCAGCAUCUCCAGUGGCAGCCCAGCUGAUUGGCCGCACUCAAACUUCUACUGCUGCUGCAACCACUAUAUCCCAGCAGGCCAUGCUGCUGGGAAACAGACCUGCCAAUUGUAACCAAGCUCACAUGUACCUUCGAACUCAGAUGCUGAUACUAACUCCUGCAGCCACUGUGGGUGCAGUUCAUUCAGAUCUCCCUGGUGUGACCUCCUGCUCUUCUUUACCUACCUCCUCUCAGGUGCAGAAUCUGGGUCUACGCACCCAUUUACCUGGAGCUCUGACUACAGCCCAUGGUGUCAUCUUAAAGCCAUCCACCCAGUCUCAAGCUCAAUCCCCAGCAGCCUCUUUGUCUAAGAUGACAAUCUGUGCAUUGAAGACUAAACAGCUUACUGACACCUCAGCAGAAACAGGACCGCCAGAUGUCACUCGAGUGGCUUCAGGACCCCAGGUUAUAACUCCAGCCUAUUCUCCCGUUCACGCCCACACUCUUGUCAAGCAGCAGCUGUCAUAUCCCCCAGGCCAGCGGGUGGCGCACCACCAGCUCAUUUUCCAGCAAGCAGCAGGAGCAGCUCCCACCCAAAAGCAGCUACAGCCCAUUGCCCUCAGAAUAGCACCACAAGAUGGCAACUCCAGCCCUCUUCCACUCUCUAUUAAUAGACUGACCACACCCAGUACUCAAUCGCAAUCAAGAAAUGACCCCUCAGCACCGACGUCUUCUUCUUCUCCUUCUUGUUCGUCUUCUGCCACCAGCAUGUUUGCACCAUCCAUUCAGACCUCUGUCCCAGCUGCCACUGUUCAGCCUCAGCCUCCUCCUCUGGUAGCUGCUCCACAACGGCGGACCUCAUUCCCACAAAACCAGAAUCAGCCUCCACCUCCUCCUCCUCCACUGGUUCUCCCCAGGCUGAAUCAGAACCUGCCUGCUUCCCUCCACAGACUGUCCCUCCACUCUGCCCAGGCUUUGGCAGUUAAUUCAGGACAGAUGCUGCUCACAGAACAGGAGCUGCCCGUAGCAGAGGCUCUGGUCCAGAUGCCUUACCAGAACCUGCCGCCUCCUCAGACGGUGGCUGUUGACCUGAAGGUGCAUCCUGUCAGGCAGCAGGGAACUCCAUCUUCGGAGCAAAUGUGCAAAGUGAACAGAGUGAGUUCAAAGGAGAAGAAAGAUCCUCCAAUUCCACAAAGUGACAGGACCUCUACACCUCUAACAGGGCCUCCUAAGAAGAAUGAUGCAGAAGCGAUCGAUUCAUCUUCCAGUCAGUCAAUGGUCAGGUCACCCCAGGUGGAGGAGUCACCCCAGCACACCACAACCUUCAUAAGCAGCAGCAACCCUCCUCCUCCUCUACUCCCUCCCAUCCUCCCAGCUUCAGCAAGAGGCCCCAGCCAGCCCCCCUCUGCCCCAGCUAGCCUCCCAGGAAGCCCUGACAGGACAUCCCAUGUCCUCACACACCUCGUAGAGGGCUUUGUCAUCCGAGAGGGUUUGGAGCCAUUCCCGAUGCAGCUGGGUCCAUCUUCACUGUCAGCAGAACAACAGGCCUCACUUCCUGAAUCCCAGGUGAUACAAACUAAUGGGGAUGCAGCAGAGGACAGUCCCAUGGAUGCUGACCAGUCAGAUUCAACAGACUCUGAGAUGGAAAAUGAUGAGCCUGCAGCAGAUGUUGCAGAGCUCAGGGAGAGUGUGUCGGCUGUGCUGCUGUGUGAGUACUGUGGAGGCAAAGGUUACGCUCACACCUUCCUGCGGUCCAAACGCUUCUGCUCCAUGACAUGUGUCCGAAGGUACAAUGUGAGCUGCACAAGACGUAUCGUGAUGCAGCGAGCAGGGCGCUGGGGACACAGGCCUAUUGGCAGGAGAGGGCGACCCCCCAGCAGAGUCAACGGAGUCUCCAGAGAAAAGUUUCUCAGACAGGGUUCAUUGGGCCUAGAAAAGAAUAGGCUGUGUCUGCAAGUAGAGGAAGAGGACCAGCAAGAGGAGGAAGAGGAGCCUCUCGUUCCCAUGACGACCAGGCUCCGAAAGCAGGCUGAGAGGGAGCGCGGACGUGAAUCAGGGCAGAAUACAACAGAAACAAUCGUUAUUUCUGAUAGAGAAGAAGAUGCCGACUGUCCGUCUCAGUGGAACGAGGAGCAGGUGUUUUCUUAUAUCAACUCCCUACCAGGUGGUGCAGACGUAGCUGAGCAGUUUCGCUCUCAGGAAAUAGACGGACAGGCUCUGCUGCUCCUCACUGAGGACCACCUGGUCAGCACCAUGAACCUUAAACUGGGACCUGCACUGAAACUCUGCGCCCACAUUAACUCUCUGAAAGAUGCAUAAAGAAGCUACAACCCCUCUCUAAGAAUGUGUUUGUGUUGAUCGGGAUGAAGAAAACCAGAAAGAGUUUCCUCUGAAACUCCUCAGACUUUAAACAAGUCAUGACACCACUGCCAGAAGUUUUUGUCUGUCAUACAAGUCGAAGUUUCAGACUCAGUCUGAGCUGUUCCUCCUCUCGCAUCUCAUGUCAUUGUAGCAGUGUGGACACGGUUAUCCAUUUGUUUCAAAAUGGUUUUUUGUAUAAUUUGUAAACACAAGGAACCAUUCACUAUUUAAAUGAUCACACAUGAAGGGUGCUGUACAGUCUCAGAGUUUACAAAUCAGAUUAUUGCCUCAUUGUGGAGUUUUGAUACAUUUAUCAUCAGAAAACUGUGGUAAUGAAUUAUUAAAGCAACUGAUGACAUGGUAUUUAUUAUUUAUUACUGUCAUUAUUAACAUAAAAUUAAAGCCUUUUAAAAUUUUG